AUGAAGAAGAAAACUAUGUGGGAUACCAUAGGCAGUAAGUUUCAAGACAUGGGAUAUGGGUUCAUUAGCGAACAAAUAUGUGGAAGAUGGAAGUCGCUGAUGAGAGCGUACAAGAACACGAAGGAUAGUAACAAAAAGUCAGGUAGCUGUAGGAAAACAUUUGAAUACGAAGAUCAAUUAGAUGAACUGUUUGCGAAGGAUCCAACUAUUCAACCUGAAUGCACUUUGUCCUCAAAUUCAACUACGGUUUCAAAAAGAUCCGCAAGCGAUGAAACUGACAAAGACGAUGAUAUUUCAUCUUCUAGUACUCCAGAAGUUCCAAAGAAGAAGGCUUCCCGUUCAAAUGCUAGUGAACUGGUUUCUCUCUUUAAGACUUACCUGGAUGAGCAAAAAGAAAGAGAGAAAGAUAUAAGAGAAAGACCACAGUCAAAGAUGUCGCUGUUCGUUCCGGACGAACACAGCAAAACAUUUUUCAAAUGUUCAGACUGUUCGAAUUUCUUCCAAGAUAUGGAGGUAUUGAAACAACAUCCUUGUCAUUCUGGCAUAGAAGGUGGUACUGCCGGUUGUUCUGACUCCCAAGACGCCAUCACAGGCAACAGUGCUGUAAACUUUAUGGCUGAAAAAGAUCAAUUAGAUGAACUGUUUGCGAAGGAUCCAACUAUUCAACCUGAAUGCACUUUGUCCUCUAAUUCAACUACGGUUUCAAAAAGAUCCGCAAGCGAUGAAACUGACAGAGACGAUGAUAGUUCAUCUUCUAGUACUCCAGAAGUUCCAAAGAAGAAGGCUUCCCGUUCAAAUGCUAGUGAACUGGUUUCUCUCUUUAAGACUUGCCUGGAUGAGCAAAAAGAAAGAGAGAAAGAUUUAAGAGAAAGACGUGAACAGAUGCAUACUGAACGCAUGCAAACAAUGAACAGUCUAAUAGAAGCUAUAUCUAGUAACAGAAACAAUAAUGCAGGCAAUCAAUCUUGCCACCAUUCAUUAGGAAGGAAAGAAUGGGACCCACGUUACUAA